AUGUCAUCUAAUGAAAGCAAACGAAGCCAUCCAAGCGUCGAAGAAGGCUGCUCUAUAGCUCGAAAGAAGACGAAAAGAAAGGAUUCUGUUCACAAGUUUCCGUGUUCUCUCUACGUUAAGUUUUGGUAAGCAUUCUCCUCGCCAUAAGCUUAGGUUUGUCUGGUUUGUGUAUGCUUAAGCUUAGCUAAAAUGCGCAAAGGCUUAUAAUCCUUGCGUACUGUAGUCUAAUCACGUUUGAGUUUAACAGCGUAUUUAACCCUCAUUUGAAGACAAGAGGUUAAGACUUCUAAGCCAUUUAAUAUCCUGGCUUGUGGUUGUUCUCGCUGGAACUGACGUGCAUGACGUGCAGAUGGAGAAUCGCAGCCUCGUUCCCAGUCGUCCUCGGCAAUUUCGAACAUGACCUCAGCUGUUAUAAGUUUGUCGGGAGAAUUCCCUAGCCUUCUUCCCCUCACUCGGAUAGCGCGAAUACGCCUGGGGACGAGAGUGGGAGAAUCAAUAUCCUUGUCAUGCUUCGUCCAAGUUUCCAUUUCCACCCUGGUAGGUACAAAACUCAGGUCACAAGUGCAGGACACUACUCUAUUGAUAAGCAACUGAGAUGAGCAGCUUCUCCUAAACAGGGCUGUCAACCCCCCCACGUCAUCAAAUAUUGAGAAUUGAUAGGGAAGAAAUGAUAGAUAAUGUCAUAUUGCACAACAAAUGACGUCAUUUGUGCCAAAAAUGCAUGUUGAUUCCAAUCAACGUCGAUAGCACAUAAACAGUUCAUAUUUAGCCACAUUAUUGCUUAAAUUACAGUGGCAUACCAGAAUUUCUGGGGAAACGUUCUGUGUUUACAGUAGCUCAAACAACACAAAUAGAAUUGAAAUUUAUGGUCGGAAAGUCGAUUCUACAAGAAAUAGCAACUUUGGCAAUUAUCCAGGAGAUAUCAGCCUCUAAUCUGGAGACUGGGAGAUAAGGUCCAAAAUCUGGAGUCUCCCACAUUAUCCGGGAGAGUUGGCAGCGCUGCCUUUAGCUAAAACGCUAUUCUGGAUUAAGAUUAAGGCUAGGAGAGACUUUUAGUGUUGUUUAUUUUCUGUGGCAUAAAGACCUGUUCUCUAGCCUGCACUUGCAUCACUUGUGACCUGUGACCUGUUAUAUGCAGUUUGUACCUGCCGAAUUCAACCCAAAAAAUGUGCACAUGACAGUCCUGAAAGGUAAUUUGGGAUAUGAUCAAUACACUGAAGCUUUUGAAGAUAAUUUCCUUUUAAUAGCACUGGCAUCAAUGGCUUCUCGUGCCAUUCUUUCAAAUUUCUUUGAAAAACAGUGAACACAAAACCACCCUCAAUACCUUUUGGGAUUGUCACUUGCACUUUUUCCUGCAACCUUUCUCGAAAUAGCCAUAUAUGACUCAGUAACCUUUGAUGAUGUCUUCAACUGUCAUCAACUAAUGACAGAGUGUGUGAUUUGUGGUAUGGCAAUGAAUACAGACUGCUCUCUAACAACUGUAUUCUCAUAUCAUAGGCUUUUGAAAAAUUAUGAGUAUGACCCUAGUGGUGAAUACUGUACAAGUAUUACAAGUGUGAGUUCACAUCUAAAAUCUGAUCAAGAACUGUUACAAAGGAAUGGUAGCAAUCCCUUGACAAAAGGCAGGUUCUGUUUAAGAGAUAACAUCCUCAAACUUUGGAAGGGUCAAGUAGUUGAAACAAAAUUUUCUUUCAAUAAAGAAGAACAGAGGAUUCGAGCAUUCAGAAAUCUGCGCAGAAAGGAUUUUAACUCUGUCAAUGGACCACAAUUCAGUGACUGCCCGGCAAGUGAACAUUUUAUCCAAGUUCCUGGCUGGCAAGUAGCCAUCAAUAAUGACAAGUCAUUGUCAAUUCUGCGAAUUGAAGACUGGCUUUUGGAUGGGCAACGAGUUGUCACAGAGAUACGUGCUGACCAGGGGCAGGAGAAUACAGAGUAUAAAUGCAUUCUCAGUGCACAUGGACACAGACUAGACACAAGGUAUGCAGGUUUGAAUCUAGGACAGAUGUCGAGUCCUAAAGAAGAACUUGAAAUGUUGGCAAAGUGCUUAUCUAUUACACAGUUGUGUAAAGGUUUCAAGCCACCUGAGGCUGUUACUCCAUUGUGUGAAGGAUCAAGCCUCCAUGAUGCUGGCUUUUUAGCACAUGCUUCUAUUAAGAUAGCGGAGUACAGUGCCGCUUCUGAUCCCACUGCAGUGGAAAUAAGAAUCUUUUCAGGCAGAUGUCAGAUUUUCCGCUCUUCAAAAUUACUUUGUUCAGAGUGCAAAAUGUGCCAGAACAAUUUUGUUAGGAAAGUGCAGAGGGACAGGGGGCAUGCUGGAAACAUGGGUUCAAGAAGUAACCAUCGUUACAUGUCUAGAGAACAGCUUCUUUCUAAGCUGAGGAAUUUACAGAAGGAAUUCCGUAAUUUCAAGAAUAGAGUGAAGGAACGUGAAAACAAAUAUGAAGAAAUUGAUGGUGAUGAUGAUGGUGAAGAUGAUAUUGAUGAUGACAAUAGUGAUUUCAAUGAUGGUGAUGUCGAUGACAGUGAUGAUGAUGUCAAUGAGAGUGAUGAUGACAUCAGUGAGUCUAGUGAUGAUGAUACAAAUGCUUGCAAUGACACCUAA